AUGUGCGAACGGGGUCCGCUGCUCCGAGGCGCUCUAGGAGAUCCCAAUCAAUGCAUCUUUGCUGCCCAAAUGGGAGGGGAAGGAAGCGCUCUAAAGCCCUCCUAUGUUUGUCGGGUAAUUGGAGGAAGCCGUGAAGUCCCCCUCCUCCAAGUUGAGCCUCCGUUUGUGGUGGUGGAGAUGGUUGACGUGCUCGUCCUUGGUUGUUUUUGCGUUGUCGUUUGGGGGGAGUGUCUCGUUCUUGGGUUUGGCGGCGACGACGAUAAGUAG